AUGAAUGUCGGCAAAUGGAUUGUCAAUAUUAUUUUCUUGGAAUGUUUUUCCGCAUCUCCGCAGCCCUUGUUUACGGGUGUCGACAAGGACACACUGUUGGAAUGCGGGAAGUGCCCAAAAGGGAAGAGUGUUUCCGAAAGGAUCAUCAACGGCGCUCAGGCUUCCCUCAAACAAUGGCCAUGGAUGGUCGGAAUUUAUAAUUCGAGCGACAUGAUGGUAUGUGGUGGGACAAUAAUUAACCGCCAAUAUGUCUUAACUGCGGCACAUUGUUUUGGAAACCAAGAUUUGAGGGGCUUCUCAGUUCGCCUUGGAACUACUCUCAGAACGAAUUCAACUCAAUGCUCUAACACUAAACAAGGCUUGGACGAACAAAACAAGAAUGCCGAGAAAACAAUAUUAUUUACUGAAGAAGUCGAAGACAAAAUCUCGCCCAACAAAGGUGAAGACACCGAGGUGAUCUGCGUUGAUGUUGAAAACGUCUGCACACCUAUUCAGAAGAAUUGUGAGCUUUUUAUGAUGGACAUUGCUCUUGUAAAAUUAAGGAUUGCAGUAAAUUUUACGGAAUCUAUUCGACCAAUCUGCCUUCCGGAAAACUGCGGCGAAAUCCCCUCGAAUAUUCGAACGUUUAUUGCGGGCUGGGGACAAAAGGAAGUAUUCGACAGCUUGCCAGAUGAUUAUUAUAAUGAUUAUAAUUAUGAAGAUGGAUUCGAAGAGGAUAUGGCGAAAGAGGGCAUCCUACAAGCAAGGGAUGAAUUGUCGGAUUAUGAACAAACAGACAUGGCUUCACCAAGAGCACUGGGAGGAGUCGUUCGUUUCUUAUCCUCUCAAGAACUGAUGUGGAGAGAAAUUUCUUGUAUGAACAACACUCAAUGCUCCGUUGAGUUUAAUAGGACCGAGGUGCCUGACUACAUGCUCUGCUCACCCGGUGGUGCAUGCUUUGGAGACAGCGGAGGACCGUUAAUGUACGAAAAUGAGGGCCGGUGGUAUCUUGCUGGUGUGGUUUCUGACGGGCCGGAUGACUGCCUUGAUCCAGAAAGACCUCUGCUUUUCAUCAAGGUCUCGCACUUUCUUGAAGCGUUUAUUUAUCCUGCCAUGAAACGUGAAACCGACAACGACAAGAAAACAAUUUGCGCCUCAGAGGAUGCUCGAAAACAAUGUGUAACAAAAUUCUACGCGUUCUACAACAGAACUCUGACACAAACAAAUAAAAAGUUUGAAUAA